AUCAACUUCACCGGAAGUAUAUAGUCCACAGCAACAUGGAAGCACCUGUUCUGACAAAAUAGCAAACAGGUGUCUUCUUAGCUGAAAACUGAGAUGUAGCAAGACGAAAUAACCCUGUUUUAUAGACUUGUCAAAAUGCAUUGGUUCACACUAUCUCUCUAAAAUGUCUGAAGAAAUAUGCUCAGUGUUAACUGAUUCAGGAAGCAGCUUUCCAAUCAAACCUCAGAUAGAUAAUUUACUGAAACAUGAUAAAAUUUCUGUUGAAAGUGACUCAUUAAACGAUUCUUACUGCGUUAAUCAUGAGAGUAAAGAUCCAAAGGUACCAAAUGGUAAAAUAAGACAUAAACAUGAAAACGGGCUUGUAAGACAUGCAAAAUCCGUUGCAGAUUCACCUCACCACUGUCCAUGUUCUGGAGUUCAUGAUGUCGAUGAGGUAGAUGUCAGUAGCCAUACUUUUCAGGACAAUGAGUCUUCCAUGUGCAAAUCAUUCAAUCAGUUGGAACUUAAAAAAAGUGAACAGGAGGAACCAGAGAAUGACAUGAUAGAUGGAAUACAUUAUAUUGUUUAUGAAUCAGAACUUCAGAUGCCAGAUAUAAUGAGACUCAUAACUAAAGACUUGUCUGAACCGUAUUCUAUUUAUACCUAUAGAUAUUUUAUACAUAACUGGCCAAAGCUUUGUUUUCUGGCAGUGGAUGAAGGGAAAUGUGUAGGUGCUAUAGUUUGUAAAUUAGAUAUGCAUAAAAAGAUGGUACGAAGAGGAUAUAUUGCCAUGUUAGCUGUAGAUUCAGACUAUAGGAGAAGAAAAAUAGGUUCUCAUUUAGUUCGUAAAGCAAUCAAAGCCAUGAUAGCUGAUGACUGUGAUGAAGUUGUUUUGGAGACAGAGAUUACUAAUAAAGCUGCCCUAAAUUUAUAUGAAAAUUUAGGUUUUGUACGAGACAAACGUCUUUUCCGUUAUUAUUUGAAUGGUGUUGACGCAUUACGUUUGAAGUUAUGGUUACGGUGAAUUUUACUAUCCUUUUUAGAGUGUUGUUGUUGAGUAUAUGAAGAAUUAAAUUAUUUUUGUUUGUACAUAUAGAUAAUUUUAAAGAUGUGAUAAGGACAAAGUGUUGUCAUCUGCAGAUGAUGAAAAAAUAUGAAUAUUGGUUUGAGAAAGGAACUUUGUUCUGAUAAGAAAGGAAUUUUAAACAUCGAAGAUGGCAAUUAAUAAGCAGAAAAUACUGUGUAUUUUGAAUGGAAUAAAUAUGCCUUCAUGUAUUUAAAUGCAUGAGGAAUUAGAAAGAACGACACUUUUCUACACAAGAUAAAUAUAUAUAAUUGGGGAAUUUAAGCUGAAAUGUAGGCAAUAAAUUUGAUCUCUCAGAAACAAUAUCACAUCAUUUUAACUUUUAAAGAAGAAAAUCAGACAUCAAUUUUCAACUUGUACAGAAAACUGCUCAACAACUCACAUACAUACUAUGUUAUACUUAAGAAAGGAUAUAAUCCUUGGGUUUGCUUUAAAGAAAACAUACUGUAUUAGUAAGCAUGCAUUCAUAUUUUUAAAGUGUCAUAUUAUAUGUUCUUAAAACAAACAUCCUUCCAGUAUUUAAGUUGUUGAUAUUCUUUGUAUUAAUUUUUAUCCUUUUUAACUAUUUAUCUAUGUAUAAACAAUAAAUUCAUUGAAAGUAAUGUGAAAAAAACAGGUCUGAUAAUGAUCUAAUAUGAAAUAAAGGGUACCCAUCAAUGUCGAAACCAUAUACUCAAUAAGAUAAUGUUCUUAUAUACAGUCAUAACAGUUAACACUAACAAAUGUUUCAAGCUUUAAUAAAAUACAAAAAAUGCUAGCUGUUUCUCAAUACUGUUAAAAAUAUCAUGGUAAAACUAGGGAACACAAAAUUCCAAUCAUAUCAACUUACCAAGGUAAAAUAUAUGAUUAACUUCUGAAUCACAAGAAAAUGUAUUAUGUUUCAGUAACAACAAUUAUAACAUGAAACCCUCUGAAAGAGGUCAUGCACUUAAGUAGUUAAGAGCUUUAAAAGAACCUUAUUCAUGAUAACCAUUAACUUUGUCUUUACAUUGCUCUAAAGUCUAACAGUAAUAAGCCCAUUGUGAUUUUGAAUGGUAGAAAGAAUUGAAAGUACUUUGUUACACACACUACUUUAGAGAUGAUUCCCCAUUUGACAAUCAAGAUAUUUCCAUAAGGAAUCUAUAUUACACAUUUUGAAUGGCUUCUUGAACAGUUAUUUCAGGUUCUUCUAAGACAAUUGUACAUAAUCAUUUUAUGGUACCUUCAAAUUGUUUUAGAAUUCGGUGUCAACAUUUAGAGUUUCAACACCAUUGUGUACUCUGCAAAAUCAACUGCUUGCUGAUGAUUUAUAUAGCGGUGAACUCUUUAUUUGGAUUUGGCUUUAAAAAUCCGGCUCAAUAUGGUGGCUUUCACUAAAUAGUCAAGUAGUGAUGAAAAUAAGUUGAAACACAAUUUGAGAGCCUGAAUCAGCUUUUCAUCCCAUUUAACGGAUUUCAAUCAAACUAGUUCAUAUAGAUUUUUGUCAUGAAUUUGGACGUUGAUAUCAGCAGAUAGUUAAAUGUAAAGCUACCUAAUAAACUAAAGUCACUGUUCUUCCUUCUUUUAUAAAUGCAGUUGUGUAUGCUUUAAAUUCUUUUAAUGCAAGUUCUAGCUUUUUCUAAACUUUGGUCACGAUCCUACAUUUGGCUUGCACAUUUUCAGACAUUUAAGGUUUCGAAAUUUUGUAUGUUUUCAGGGUAAAAGUAUAUAUGCAUUCUAACAUUGUGCAAAAUACUGAUAUAGAUCUAUUUUUUGCUAUUUUUAUGAAAUAAAGGUAGAUAUUCUAAGUAGCUUUAUGCCCAAAGAGAUUGAUUGAGAAUAAAAUAUUUCAAUAUCUGGGAUAGUGCAUUUUCCCCCCUUGCAAAUAUGUUGAUAGCAUAACAGUUCAGGACUUGACUCUAUUGACGCCAAACAAAUCUGCUCAUAGAUCAAAAGGUGAAAAUUGUCUAUGUCUGAUUUAUAAAUGAAAUAAAAAUAUCAAUGACCCGCUGAUGGAUAUGAGGAAUGAUAAUUGAAGAAGAUCUGUCUUGUUAAAUUGUUGAAUUAGAAUUAUUAAAAAUACUUUUUGUAUAUUAAAUGGUCAUGUUAUUUGUAAGUUUUUAGAGAACCUGUUUUAUAAUUUAAUUUUCUAUCUACUCGUUCUUUACAAAAAUGAGAAGGAUAAUGUAUGUGUCACUUGAGUGUGCAAAAUGUCAUAGAAAUAAAAUGUGUAAUGAAAUCCAGUGAGAUUAACAUUGUAUAAAAUAAUUAUGACCAGGUUUUAACAAAUAAAAAAGAAAAAUUGUAUUCUACACUAAUUUUGUUACCUGCUGUUAACAUUUGAAACACCCUAUGUAAUGUUAUAGAGUUGAAUAAUGCAUCUUGCAUACCUUUGUUACAUCAUUCAGGCAUUAUGUGAAAAUGACUUUAUUAAGUAUUAACUUUUCCUGAAACAUAUGGGGUCAUUUAUUGGAAGUGUUUAGUCUACCAGAUUUAAUAUACAUGCUUCACAGUUUGCAUCUGACAGAUAUAACAGUGCAGCAUAUUUUGUUAUGAAUUCAUGUUUUGUAUAUAUAUUUCUUGGAAAGUUUAAUCUAGGCAAAACAACUUUGCGUAUCAUUAAUGAAUAUAAUUCAGUCAAACCCCUCUAUGUACAAUAUACAUUUAAGCUAGAUUCCUGAUACAAACAUAUUCAGAAAUCACUCAGAACAACUGCUUUGAUUUUGUUGGGAAAUGUCUCAUUUUGAAAUAUCUGAUAUACAGUGAUAUAAUGGUACACACUAGAAAUUCAAAAAUUAAAAUUUAAUUGAAAUUUCUCAGGAUACAGAUCAUACAGUGGUAGUGUUUAAUUUAGGUUCCAAUAAAAAUCCUUAGGUAAUAACCAUUGUGAUGAAAUCCCUGUUAAUAAAAUUGUAAAUAAAGAGAGAUAUGAUAUA